GCAGAAAUAAACAUGUGCCUUGAAAAGAAAGACAAAAUUGGAAAGCGUGGGACAUUCUCGAGGGAGUACCAGCCAUUAACGGCCUUUACCUUCUUCCUCUCUAUAUUCCGACAGUCUCUACCCUUGGAUUUUAGAUUUCAUUUUAGACCUAAUUUUCUAUUUCUAUUUUCCACCGUCUCUCCUCGACAUGGGUUGCUCCUCCUCCCUUCCGGAUAGAAAUUCUGGACGGUUGGGUGGGCUGAAUGCGGAGAAUGGUGGAGCACCCGAUGCAAAAAACCUCCGGGUUAAGCUGGUUUUGUUGGGGGAUUCUGGUGUUGGAAAAAGCUGUAUUGUUCUUCGUUUUGUUCGUGGCCAGUUUGACCCUACAUCCAAGGUGACUGUAGGAGCUUCAUUCUUGUCACAAACAAUUGCCUUGCAAGAUUCUACGACAGUUAAGUUUGAAAUAUGGGACACUGCUGGUCAAGAGAGGUAUGCUGCGCUGGCACCACUUUACUAUCGAGGUGCUGCAGUUGCAGUUGUAGUGUAUGAUAUAACAAGCCCAGAAUCAUUCAACAAAGCACAGUAUUGGGUUAAGGAAUUGCAAAAACAUGGAAGCCCUGAUAUUGUCAUGGCUUUAGUUGGGAACAAAGCUGAUCUUCAUGAGAAUCGAGAAGUACCAGUUCAAGAUGGUAUUGAUUAUGCAGAGAAGAAUGGUAUGUUCUUUAUUGAAACAUCUGCAAAGACAGCUGAUAACAUAAACCAGCUGUUUGAGGAAAUUGCUAAAAGAUUGCCACGCCCUUCCUCAUCGUGAUUGCAGAUCUUACAACUGAAAACAGCUGCUGAUGCUAUGGAGAUCAAUUACCUGCCUCUAUUACCAACUUUGUGUAUAUUCUACUUCGUGAUUAUCUGUUUGGUUUGGUUUUUCUAGUUGAACUGUUGAAGUUGUGAGAUCAUGAAUCACACAUCCUAUAUGUUUUGUCACUGUUAAGGUCAAAGUUACUGCCCAAUCAUGUCAUGUUCUAGUCCCAUAAUAAAUUUAGCUGACAUCAUUCCAUCCAUGAUGGUUACUUAUGGGCACACAAAUUCAUCUUUGUAGUGGAGCCAGUGCAGAAAGGCUGAUGAGUAGACAUGUUUCCAGGGUGAGAGCUUGAAAAUGUGCCAAACAGGGUUCAGUUCUGUAUAUCAGAAACUGGAUCUGUUGUUGGUUGGGAAAGCAAUUGUUCUGCUCCUGCUACCACUUUAAGUGUAUGUUUGGAAUGUUAGAAUAGGGAAUAGGGAAUAAGAUUCGUUCCAUUUUCAAUUUA